AUUUUUGUUGAUAAAUUCAUUGGGACCAUUGCUAAAAGAAAAUAUUAUUUCGAUACAAACAUAAUUAGCAGUAACAUUUACGUCGAGGUCGACGUCACGAAUAACGCUCGUGACCCUCGACUUGGGAGUUAUUAGAUUACUUCUGAAAUAUAAUUAAAUCUUCAAAAUGAAAAUCGACAGAACCAGAUUGAAAAAGUGCACUUCUGAAGUGCCUGCCGAGUGCCAAGCACUAAUCAGUAAACUGAGAUCAUGCUCUCACAGUGAAUUACUGGAAGAAUUAAAACAAAUAGAUGCUUGGACUUUUGGAAAAUGUGAAUUGUUUCACUGGAUUGAUGUACUCGAUCUCAGUGACAGUAUACUAGAAGCAGCUGUUGCAAGAAGUCCUGAUAACCCAUGGGAAUUAGCAUGUGAUCUUCCACAGAAUAGAGAAGCAAAAGAACUGCUUCUCUGGGUUCUUCAUUUCACCACUCUAUUGAUAGAGCAUUCAUUUUCUCGACACCUUUACAACAGUAUGGAACAUCUUGUGACUUUGUUAUCGAGUCGUGACAUGCAAGUCGUGCUUGGUGUUCUGAGUCUUUUGUAUAUGUUCAGUAAACGAAGUAACUUUAUCACUCGCUUGAAUAGUGACAAACGACAGGCUUUACUCAGUCGUUUAAAUCAUUUAGCUGAGAGUUGGGGUGGUAAAGAAAAUGGCUUCGGUCUUGCAGAUUGUUGUAAAGAGCAUCCAGAUAAACCUUUUCCACAAAGUGCUACGACUUUACACUUUGAAUACUACGCAGAAAAUCCAACAACUAACGAAGCAACUAGUAAUUCAACCGCAAGUUCGAACACUAAAAAAGUUGGACAAACUAAUUUAGUAACAUACAUACAUAUUGAAAAUGUGGAUAAACUUGGCAAGACACCAGCACAAAUUAUGAACGACUUGUUAAAAUUUUACAACGUACCACAAGAGAGACAAAUGGCUCUUUUGACACAUAUUAGAUUGGCUCACAGCUUUUCUGAUUAUCGUAGACGUUUACAAUGUGUUCAAGCUCGACUGCAAGCUCUUUCUGUACUUGUUUACAGUAAUGCCUUGCAAGAAAAUGCCCAUAGUCUACUUCAUGCUGGAUUAUUAGAGGAAUUGGUUGAACUAUUAGAACUUCCACAUCCUCAUCUUGUUGAUAUUCGUGCAGCUGCAUUACGCACACUCACAAGUAUCAUUCAUCUUGACCGAAAUCCUCAUUUUCCUAAAAAACCAGGCUCUCGUCUUAAUAUGAUAAUAGAUGUUACUGGUGCCAGUUCUUACCAUGGAUUUUUACCGGUGUUGGUUCGCACAUGUAUAACAACACUUACAUCGCCACAACCAGAUGGUCAGCCUUUUCCUUUAGCAUUGGCUACUGCAUUGUUCAGUUUCUUGUAUCAUCUUGCUAGUUAUGAAGCCGGUGGAGAGGCUCUUGUUAGCUGCGGAAUGAUGGAAAGUCUUCUCAAAGUGAUAAACUGGCCUGGAAGUGAAUUAGAGCAUAUUACGUUUGUAACGAGAGCUGUACGAGUGAUUGAUCUCAUUACAAAUAUUGAUAUGCAAGGAUUUCAAGCACACGGCGGUUUACCUAGUUUUAUAAAUAGAUUAGAUAUGGAAGUGAAUAUUUGUAGAAAGGUACAGCCUUUCGAAAUCGAUCCAAGUAUGUACAAUCAAGACGUAUCAAUACCUACUCGUGAAAAAUCAAACGAAAAUUCAGAUGAAGCUGGUCCAUCACGCACUUCCAAUGAGAUUUUCGAUGAACGGGAAGAAACGUGUAACCCUAUGGAAUUUUCCGAAGACGAGAACACUAAUUCUAAAACUGAAACUAAAAUAGAACAAAAUUCAAGCAGCAAUAGCUCGCCGAUACGGUCUGGCAAAACAUGUUUACCUCAACGAGCUGCACUAUUGAAAUCAAUGUUUAACUUUUUGAAAAAAGCUAUUCAAGAUCCAGCGUUUUCAGACAGCAUUAGGCAUGUAAUGGAAGGCGAAUUACCGUCUUCGUUGAAACAUAUUAUUAGUAAUUCAGAAUAUUAUGGACCAUCGUUGUUUUUACUAGCAAUUGAUGUAGUUACAGUUUAUGUUUUUCAAGAACCAUCAUUAUUAUCUUCGUUACAAGAUAACGGUUUAACGGAUGUAGUACUUCACGCUUUGCUCAUUAAAGAUGUUCCGGCCACUAGAGAAGUUUUAGGUUCUUUACCGAAUGUGUUCAGCGCUCUGUGUCUAAAUCAACGUGGACUUGAAUCAUUCAUGAAACGUCGGCCUUUUGAAAGAAUUUUUAAAGUAUUAAUAUCACCGAAUUACUUAUCGGCUAUGCGACGGCGUCGUAGUGCUGAUCCUCUAGGAGAUACUGCAUCUAAUCUCGGUAAUGCUAUGGAUGAGCUUAUGCGUCAUCAGCCAAGCUUGAAAACAGAUGCGACUGCAGCGAUAAUAAAAUUACUUGAAGAAUUGUGUGUACUUGGUUGCGAUCCACGGUACAUAUGCUGGCGAGCAGCUAGUAAAGCUGAUAAUUCACCAUCGAGUUCUAGUUCUAAUACUCGACAAUCAUCUGGUCAAUCAGUUGGUGUUGGUGUAGGUGAUAAUGGAGCUGGAAGUGGUGGAGCCGGAGGAAGUAGUAGUGAUGAAGAAGAAGAAGAUGAAGAAGAGGCAAGCACAAGUUCACAUCCACAACGUGAAGAACAACCAUCACCAUCACCAGUACAGCCUGGACCUCCACCACAACAACCUCGAGAAAAAACACCAAUUGCCCUUGUUGAUUAUAUUCACAAUGUAAUGAAAUUUGUGGAUGCAAUAUUAAGUAAUAAUUCAACAGAUGAUCAUUGUCGUGAAUUUGUUUCACAAAAAGGUUUAGUUCCAUUGCUGUCUAUCCUUGGAUUACCCAAUUUACCAGUUGAUUAUCCUGUAGCACAACCCGCACAAUCUGUUGCGUCAGUCUGUAAGAGUAUUCUUAAUCUCGCUCAUGAACCACUUGUAUUAAAAACUGGUCUAUUGCAACUGAAUGAAGUACUAAGUCUUUUAAAACCACUUCACAGUCAUAUGGAAUCACCUGGAGGCUCAGUUCUUCUUCAUGAACUUGCAUCCGCACCUAAUUUAGAAACAGCAUUCACAAGUGAUACUGCAACACCACUACUUCAUGCUAUGAAUGCUGCUCAUAGUUAUGUUGUAAUGUUCGUUCAUGUCUGUCGAACUAGUCAAAGUGAAAUAAGAAAUCUCUCUAUGAAUCAUUGGGGUUCAGAACUAGGUUUAGCAGUUCUUCAGGGCUUAUCAGAAUUAUAUAUGUCACUUGUGUGGGAAAGUACGCUUUUACUUGCACUUUGUAGUGAUGAUAGCAUUCCAGCUGGAUGUGAUUUUGGUAAAGAAGACAUGGAUAAACUUAUUCCAGCUGAAUUAAAAACAGAUGGAGAUACAUCUAUUUGGCCCAGUGCUUCUGCUGCAUCAGACAUGGGUAGUAAUGGUAUGACAACUGCUAUGGAAGCUUUGAGCACUGAUCCUCCGCCAGUGUCAAUGGAAGUUGAUGAUAGUAAACCAAGUACUAGUACUGGAAGAGCAUCACCCAGUCCACAUCAACUUAAAUACAUUAAACCACUUUUAGGUGCAUCCUCAAGACUUGGUCGUGCUCUGGCAGAAUUAUUUGGUUUAUUAGUUAAACUUUGUAUGGGUUCACCCAUUCGGCAACGUCGUGGACAACAAUUACCGAUGAUGCCAACUAUACCUAAUUCUGCAGCACGCGGUGUUGCCUGUGCUCUUAAUAUUCUUCUCACUCGUGGAUUGUCUUGGGACAAACUUCCACCGUCACCGCUUCCUAAAUUUAAAUUGACUUUCCUUAUCUGCUCUUUAGGAUUCACCUCGCCCAUGUUAUUUGAUGAAAAACGUCAUCCUUAUCAUUUGAUGUUACAGAAAUUUGUUCAAUUAGGAGGACAAAAUGCAUUUUUCUCCACAUUUCGUUGGGCUUUGUCAGGUGGUGAGCAGUUCUCUUUAUCUGAGGGCUUAGAACACCCUGACCUACCUGAUGGAACUGGUGAAUUUCUUGAUGCUUGGUUGAUGCUUCUAGAAAAAAUGGUCAACCCUAAAGCUAUAUUAGAUUCACCUCACGUUGGAUUAGCUAAGUGUACUGGUUUCAAUAAUACUUAUCGAUCCCAAGAUCCAAUAAUUAAAUAUUUACAAGACAUACACAAAAAAGCAUUUGAAGCAGUCAUGCUUAUGUGGGGUAAGAAACCUCUUAAGAAUUACGGCGCACGAAUGACUGAAUCCAUAUUAUCUAUUUUGCGACAUAUUCUCCGUGGAGAAAAAUUAAUUAAAGAACGUACUGAGGAAGAAACAACUGAAGACACAUCAAGUACUAGUACAAGUGGAACAGCUGCAGCAGUACCGAGAGCAGGAACUAAUAAUGCUACUACAGAACGUCGAGAUGACCCUGAAGCAGAUGUCAAUGCUGAACAUCUUCGACAAUUAAUGGACAUGGGUUUCAGUCGUGCUCAUUGUGUGGAAGCUUUACUUCAUACACUGUCUGUUGAACAAGCAACUGAUUAUCUGUUGAGUAAUCCAGCAACUCAACGUCGACCUGAUGUUUCUAUUGGCGAUGCUAGUGGUCAAGGACCUAUUAUGGAUUUAGAUUUUACAGACGAUCAAGUUAUGUAUGCUAUUGCAAUGUCCUUAGGUGAUUCAGAUACUCGAAAAUCUACUGAAGAACCACGAGAUGUACCUAUCACACAAACUAUCGAUGAAUUUACUAGUACAGCUUUGGAACAAUGUCUCAAUUUGCUUGAUUUAAUGCCCGAUACUGUGUACAGAAUUUGUGAUCUUUUGGUAACAAUCACCAAAAGAAACGGUGAAGAAUGGCGUGAUACGAUGUUACGUCAUUUGAUACGUGAUAUAGGUGAACUUGUUGAUUAUCUUAUUGAUGUUGCAGAAUCAGCGGAAGAGGAUGCUGGUGUACGAUUAGUUGAAUGCGAACAAGCUACUAAAGUUGCUGGACGGAUAUAUUUAUACACACUAUUCUUCGAAGGAACUUUCCAAGAAAUGAGAGUUCCUUGUGCACAGAUAGUCGAAGAAAGCGGAAUUCUCAAUAAACUUGUUGAUCUUUUAGUCGCGAGUGAAGGACCAUUAACAUCGCAUAAAGUUAAACUUACAAAAGAAUGCAAAGACGGUCAAGUGCCUGUUAUUAAAACACCUAAAUGGCUUGCACCUCUUCUUUUACUUAUUGAUAGACUGGAAAAAGUCGCUGUAUUAACUCAACGUAAGCAGCUUAUGCACAAAGUAACAAAUAAAGUGUGGAAGUGGUUUGAUUUGAGCAGUGGAAAAUGGACAGCAUAUUCCCCAUUAAAUAAUCGUUUAAUUAAUGAUGCUUAUUGGGCUGGCGAACUAAGUGUACGGAUAAAUUGUUCACGCCGUCGAUAUUUAAUAACAUUUUCAUGUAUGACACAAGUUAAUGAAGACAGUGACAAUAGACGACCUAUCACAAUGGACUUUAAAUUCCAAAAUACUAGCAGUGAUGACGCGAGCUCAGGAUCUGAUUCCAAUAUGGAUACUGAAGAAACACUAUCAGAAGAAAAACGUAAUAAUACAGUUGUUCAAGGUUUAAAUCCAAGCGCUGCGCCAACUAUUGUUAGUACCUGUGUUAAACUACUGGCAAUUCCGGUUGAUCGUGAUACUUUACAUGCUUUAAUGAAAGUAUGUUUACGAUUAACACGAGAUUAUAACAAUGCUCAAGUAUUUGCUAAAGAAGGUGGAGUAAAAUUACUUUUGGAAAUGACUCAGGCAAGUAGUUUUAUUGGUUGUAUUAGUUUGAGCACUCUUUUAAUUCGACACACCCUAGAAGAACCACAAACACUUCGUCUCGCAAUGGAAAAAGUUGUUCGUAGUCGAACUCAAACAAAUAUUCCACCGGCUUACAAAGAAAUUCUAUUUAUGACCCGACAAAUAAGUAGUGCUGUUUGUAGAAAUCCUGAGGUUUAUCGUGAGGUGUGUGAUGAUAUUUUAAGAGUGGACAUAAGUGUUUUGAAGAAAGAUGAUACUGAUAAUCGUCUUGUUGUAAAAGCUUUACCUUCAAAUCAUUCAUCAGCGACGCCAAUGGUCGAAGAAAUUUCUAUCAGCGUUGUUCAUGAUCUACUUAAUGCUUUGAUAAAGCCAGUUCCUAUAUUUCCGGAUGACAACACCGCUACACCAACUGGAACUCCGGAAAAAAAAUCAACAAAUCUCACAACAAUAGCAGCAACAGCACACGGUGUAUCAACCACAAGUUCACGACGAACUGAUGGUACAAGAAACAAUGCAUCUACUGCAAAUGGACCAUUAGAUGAUGAUGAUCAAAUAGUACCUCUAAAAAUGUAUACCGAUUAUAUGAGCAAUGGAAAAGUUGAACCUGAAGAAGCCAAAAAGCCUUUACUUUCAAAAUCUGCUAUUUUAAAGAUGUUGGCAGAAUCGAUACGUUCUUACGGUGCUGUUGCUAAUUUAAUAGCUGAACAUACAUAUAGAGCAAACCAAAGUGAAAUGGUUCCUGAGGAAACAACAGCACUAGGUUUUCUUUUGGAUAAACUUUUACCCAUAUUGCCAGAAAAUUCAGGUGAUCGUCAGUGCAGUAGCAUGGCACGUAUGCUUAUUGCUGCUAUUGCUUCUUGUAAUCAUUCACCUGAUGCCCAAACGACUUUAGUUACUGAAGUUAAAGCAGCUUUACUACGAACUUUAGCGUUACCAGAAAGCUCGGAAAAACAUGCUCAAUUACAAUUAAUCAUUGGAUUAAUUUCAACAAUGAUUGACAGUUGUCCUCCUACGUCACAUACUCCAUUAAGAGUGCCGUCAAAAGUUCAUCAGUAUAAUAAUGUCAAUUAUAUUGUUAGAAUAAUGUUGAAAAAAGGAAUAAUUACAGACUUAGCUAAAAUUCCUCACAGUCUUGAUUUGUCAAGUCCAAAUAUGGCUGGUACUAUAAACGCCGCAUUAAAGCCUCUUGAAACAUUAUCAAGAAUUAUAAAUCAACCAAUGCCUGGAACAGUUAACAACAAAUUCCCGAAACCGAAAAAUCGUACUGUUCAAGACGAACCAAUUGGUGAUCAAACUGGUACAACGACAUCAGAAGCAACUCACGCUGUUGGUGAGGAAACUAAUGAAGAUGCUGAAAAUACCGAGCAUGAUAUUUCUUUAAAUGCUGAAAGUCUUGAACCUACUUCUGAAAGUCAAGUUCAUGAAGAGGGUGACGAAGCUGCGUUGGAAGAUAUUAUGGAUCAACUUUUAGAGAGUGUUUUAUUUUCCAGAGACGGCUCCGCCGUUACUGAAGAACCAACAUCACGUUCUCACCGACCAAUGGAUAUUGAUGAUGAAAGUCUUGCAAUGCGUGACACUGAUGGUGACUUUGAUCCUACUCGUGACACAACCGUAAGAGAAGACUUAAUGAGCUCCGAUUCAGAUUCCGACAGUAAUCAAUCAGAUGAUAAUGAAGAUGAUGUCCAGGAUGAUGACGAUGAUGAAGAGGAGGAGGAGGAAGAUGAUGGUGAAGAAAAUGAAGAAGAAGAUGAAGAAGAGGAAGAAUCGUCAAAUUAUGGAGAAGAAGAUCAUAUGGGCUACAUCGAAGGAAUUAGUGACGCUGUUCGUAUGAUGGCAUCUGCAGAAAGAGACGUGAGCAAUGUCGUAAUGAUCCCCCACAAUUACGAUAACCAUGACAAUAACGCAGCCUUACCAACAUCAACAAGACCUAAUCAUUCUUGGAGUGCAAACUUUCCUUUACCCGUUUCACUAUUUGAAGAUUUACCUUCUGUAUCUGAAAGUAACGGCAUUGGAUCGCAUCCAUUAUUAUUGGGAAGUGGCGGAAGUUUAGAUAUAGCCAACUCAAGAGCUCAAAGAGCUUUACGUCAACGUAGAUACCAAUAUCUUCAAAUAGCCAAUCCACGAAAUUCAAAUUCUCCAGUUAUUUUACAACGAUUACUGGUUCCAGCAGCUCAAACACUUCCUAUGUCGGCCAGUCAAGUAUUAGCAUCAGGAUUUCGUGAUACACGUGUCGUUGUUAUGGAUAAUAGUCUUGGUAUUUUCUCUAAUCAAGAAGAAGAACAAAUAGACUUUGUAGAUCAAUCAGGUUACUUGUUUGGACCUAGUUUAGCAGCAACAUUAAAUAACAUUCCUACGGCUCUUCACUGGUGGAUUGAAGAAAGCAAACUUUUGGAUGGUGAUUCACAACCAGAUUGUUGUGUUGGGGUUGUUCAUAAAUUAAUUCCAAAAUUAGAAAAGCAACGUAAUGCAGAAUUAGCUGAGAGAAAAGACAAACGUAAAAAACAACAAAAUACUGAAAAAGAUACGGAAAAAGACAGUAAAGACGCUAAAGAUUCUUCGAAAACACGUGACUCUGGAUCAUCAGUAAUUGUAACCUCUCAAGCUGAACAACAGCAACCAUCCGGAUCUGUCCUUAUAAGGGCAAAUUCGAGAAGGCUUGCUGAUACUGUUGAAGCUGCAGUUGAAGCGGUGGGCGAAAAUACUAACCAUGAAGAUAAUGUGAUUGAAAUCACUGGUGAAAUGGAAGUAACUGUACAAGAUGAUGAAGAGCGAACUCCACCUCCACCACCCCCACCUCCAGAAGAACAGAUACCUGAUACAAGAAAUCCUUUAACUAUUCUCAAUGCGCCACUCGAACUUGCAGAAAGUUUGAUAGAUUCUGUUCUUCAACCUAGCACAGAAGAAGCUACAAGAUUACGAAGGCUGAACUCAAAUCGUGAUUCGGAUGAAAUGAAUCUCAAUCGUUCAUACAAUCCACUCCCAGAAUCAAGAGAUCCCGAUGCUUGGGUACAGAGAUUAUUGGGUAUUGAUCAGUCUCGACGAGAAAAUAAUGCCAAUAUUUCAAUUCAAGAUCCUUCAUCGUCAUCAUCUACCUCAGAUAACAUUAUAACAUUUACCGAACAAUGUGAACCUCAACAAACGUUAGAACAACAACCACAACAACCAACUUUGGAACAACAACAACCUUCACAAUCACAGAUAGCAACACAACAGACGCCUUCAAACCAAACAACAUCACAAGAAGCGCAACCACAAUCAACUGAAUCACAAGAAACGCCUAUUGAACAACAACCGACACAACAACCAGGGCAAUCUCAAGCUCAAGCACAGCAACAGUCGUCACAAGAACUUCAAUUACCAGAUGGAGUGGAUCCUUCAUUCCUUGCUGCGUUACCCGAUGAAAUGCGUGAUGAAGUGAUCGCUGAACAAUUAAGACUCCAACGAAUAAGACAACGUACGCAAGCAACCGUUGUUGAAGAAGUUACUGGUCCAGUAGAAGUUAAUCCAGAAUUUUUAGCUGCAUUACCACCAGCUAUUCAAGAGGAAGUUCUUGCACAGCAACGAUUAGAGCAACAGCGUCACGCUGCAGCUUCCGCAAAUCCAGCAGAUCCAGUAGAUGCUGCAGCUUUCUUCCAAAAUCUCCAACCAUCAUUACGGCAAGCUAUUCUUACAGAUAUGGAAGAAUCACAAAUGUCUGUAUUGCCUCCUGAUCUUGCAGAAGAAGCGCAAAAUCUACGUAGACAAUGGGAAGCACGUAAUCGACAUUUAAUGCAAGAACGUUUUCUUAAUCAUGUUAGUCAAGGUAGUACAGCACUGUCAAGUAUUUUAAGAAAUUCUGGGCGAGGUAGAGGUGGAGGAACACGGUAUGCUAUCCACUCAGUAACUCAAAGAGCUCAAUGGAACUCGUGGAAUCCACGUGGUGAAACUAGUAUUGCUCAUCAAAGUGCAGGACUGCGUUUACGUGGACGACAACUUCUUGAUCAUGAGUCAAUGGCAUGUUUACUUGUACUUUUAUUUGUUGAUGAACCAAAAAUUAACACACUAAGACUUCAUAGAGUCAUUAGAAAUCUUUGCUACCACACAAACACGCGAGAAUGGGUAGUAAAAGCUCUUUUAAAUAUCAUGGAACGUAGUAAUGAUGAAAAUAAAGAAAUAAUGAGUGAUUUUACUGGUAAAUUUAAAAGAAAAACAGCACAUUCAUCCAUUGAUUACUGUUCACCUAAAUCGGACUCAAGAAAUAAUUUGCAAUCAUGGUUAAAUAUAAGUAUCGAUGCUGCUCUUGGUUGUCGUGCUAAUGUAUUCCAUAUUUUACGACAUACUGGAAAAAAAUCGGAAAGAAUAGGAAGUACGAUAGCAAUUCAUCCUCAAGCAGCACCAACUGUUUGUAGGCAUACCUUAGAACUUCUUAUAUCAUUAGCUAAAAGUUUUCCUGGUUACUUUGUGCCAACAAAAUUUAAAGAAUCUGAAGAUAAGAGUAAAGAAAAAGAAUCUAGUGGUAAAGAAGAGACUGGAGCUAAACCAAAGUCCGCAUCAAAAUCCAUAAAAAGUGAUAUUCCAGAUUUUUGGGAUAUGCUCCUCAAACUAGAUUGUUCUGUUUCAAAAAAAGGUAAAUCUGUUGCCCGAGGACACUUGACAUCUGGAUUUGGUAGUGAAUCUGAACAAAGUUUAACAUCAUUCGAAUCAUCAGCUUUCGGACAAUUGAUAUCAAUGCUUCAUUGGUCAGUUGUUAGACGUAGUAGUCAGUUAACUGAUAAAUUACUUCGACUUCUCUCUUUAAUAUCAAUUGGCCUCACUGAAGUUAAUUCUUAUCGACGUCAAGAUGCUGCAAAAAAUAAAAAAGUCGAACCAAGUAAAGAACAGAGUGUAGCUGCACCCGAAGGACAUCUUCGUCUUGCGGUUCAAGUUUUAACAAGUAAAAGUUGUUCUGAAGAAGGUUUAGAAGACGCUACUGCUUUACUUCUUAAUUUAUCUCAUUGUCCCGAUCCUACACGACAAUUGAUAUUAAAACUUUUACUAGAAGGAGCUAUGGAAUUAGCUAAUAUGGUAUGUGAUCAUAUUAGUGAAUUAAUGAAAGAACUUAAGAUAUUGAAUCUAGAAAUACGUCGUAGAAAUUCAUUAGAAGAUCAACCAUCAACAAGUGCCAGUGUAUCAGGUCGUGGUAAUUUAACAGAUCGAUUUACUCAAGACAGUGUUGUUAUUACUGCACCCUCUAAAGUUAAAGCUGGUACCGAUCUUCAAUUACCAUCAAUGAGUGCUCUGGUCAGCAAGACUUCUAGUCAAGCAUUCUUCUUACGAAUACUUAAAGUUAUUGUACAAAUUAGAGAAGCCGUUUAUUUGGCAAAUAAAAAGAAAAAUGAGACUGCACAACAUACAGAGACUGCUAUGGAAACUACAGUACCAUCAACACAACAAGCACAAGAAACUACUGUUGAUGAUAGUACAUCUGAAAGUACUGCAAUGGAUAUUGCACAGGCCGCUACCACAAUAACAACUUUAGCAACAAUGACACCAACGGCAGCAUCAACAACAGCAACAGCUACAACAACGACGACGACAACUACUGCUGCUACUGCCGCGGUAGCAGCAACAGUAGAAGUGGCACAACCGGACAGCCUUAAAGCACCAUCAUCUUCUUCACGAACAGAUGAGGAUAAAUCAGCACUUCCAUUAUUAAGCGAAAGUCUGGUACUAGAUAACUUAUGGGAAACUUUGAGUGCCUGUCUACUUGAGUUAGAACACACUCCAGAUCAUCAUGCCGUCCUUGUUCUUCAACCCGCGGUUGAAGCCUUCUUUUUAGUACAUUCGUCAUCAAGUACGUCUACGCGAGAUCGUAACAAUGAGACAAAUGCUGAACCUAGAGAAGCCGUUGCGGAUAUAGCACCUGUUUCACCAAGUUACAAUGAAAACGAAGCUCAAUCACAAAGUGAGACUGCCAACACAAUUGCUGCAUGGGAUAUGACUCCUGCACCACCAAAAUCAUUACCGUCCGAUCAACUGAAAUUCCUUAAAUUUGCUGAAACACACAGAACAGUUUUGAACCAAAUUUUACGGCAAACAACAACUCACUUAGCGGAUGGUCCGUUUUCUGUACUUGUUGAUCACACGAGAGUUUUAGACUUUGAUGUUAAACGAAGAUAUUUCCGAACGGAAUUAGAACGCAUGGAUGAAGGUAUCAGAAGAGAAGAGCUUGCUGUCCAUGUUCGAAGAAGUCAUGUCUUUGAGGAUUCAUUUAGAGAGCUUCAUCGUAGAAAUGCUGAUGAAUGGAAAAAUCGUUUUUACAUUGUUUUUGAAGGUGAAGAAGGUCAAGACGCUGGUGGGUUACUCAGAGAAUGGUAUGUCAUCAUUUCAAGAGAAAUAUUCAAUCCUAUGUAUGCACUUUUUACGGUCAGUCCUGGUGAUCGGGUUACAUACAUGAUUAAUUCAUCGUCUCACUGUAAUCCUAAUCAUUUGUGUUAUUACAAAUUCGUCGGCAGAGUUAUAGCCAAAGCAAUUUACGACAACAAAUUGUUAGAGUGCUAUUUCACUCGUAGCUUUUAUAAGCAUAUUCUUGGUAUUCUUGUAAAACAUACUGAUAUGGAGAGCGAAGACUAUAGUUUCUACAAGGGCCUGGUAUAUCUAACUGAAAACAAUAUUUCUGAUCUUGGAUACGAACUGACAUUCUCUGCAGAGGUCAACGAAUUCGGGGUCAAUGAUGUUAGAGAUUUAGUACCUAAUGGACGCAAUAUUGUUGUCACAGAAGAUACAAAACUUGACUAUAUAAGAUUAGUUUGUCAAAUGAAAAUGACUGGAGCUAUUCGUAAACAAUUAAAUUCAUUCUUAGAAGGUUUCUAUGACAUCAUUCCAAAACGAUUAAUAUCUAUAUUUAAUGAACAAGAAUUGGAGCUACUGAUAAGUGGUCUACCAAACGUUGACAUCGAAGAUCUUCGAGCAAACACAGAGUAUCAUAAAUAUAGUGUUACCUCGCUUCAGAUUCAAUGGUUCUGGCGAGCUUUGCGUGGAUUUGAUCAGGCUGACCGAGCGAAAUUCUUGCAGUUCGUUACAGGCACAUCGAAAGUACCGCUUCAAGGUUUUGGUGCCCUUGAAGGUAUGAACGGUGUACAGAAAUUCCAAAUUCAUCGUGACGAUCGUUCGACAGAUAGAUUACCUUCUGCGCACACGUGCUUCAAUCAAUUAGACUUACCUGUGUAUGAGACCUACGAUAAACUACGAAGCAACUUACUUAAAGCGAUUCAUGAAUGUAGCGAAGGAUUCGGAUUUGCAUAAACACAUUAAAAACAUAAAAUUAAGGAAAAAAAAAAAUCUUUAUAAUUAAUUUGCAAGUUCGAUAUAUGUUUCCGGAAAUAUACGUAAUAACGAAAUGACUCAGUUCACUCGCUACGAUUCCGAUUGGUAAAUACUUUAAAUGAUUGCUGCCGAAACUUGCAUUAAAUCGAACCAUAGCAUAUAUUAAACAAGCGUAUGUAUAUACAUGUGAAUCGAAGGUGUAAUUAUUUAAAUUCACCCUGCAACGCUUCCUAAAAGAAAAAUAUCAGAGUUUAUUUUGUUGAAUGAAAAAACUGCACAGUUGCAGAGCUUAAUAUUAAUACUUGAAAAUAAGAAUAAACAAUAAAAUAUAAUAAGUUUUUAUUUGUAAACCUACAUAGUAGAUGUCUUUUUAUUAUUAUAUAAAUGAUAUGUUACGAAUAAUAUCUAGAAGCAAAAAUUGUAAGAUAUACUUGAAUGAAAAUGAAAGAAAAUUCAAAAGUAAUUAUCAGUGAUAUAUAUUGAUAUAUUAUAAUUGAUUUGAUAGCUUUGGUAGUUUUUCUUUUGAAUGAUGACAAAAAAUAGAUUGCGAAUUUUUAAAAAUACAAUAAAAAAAAGUAAACAAAAAAAAAUGAAUGAUUGAAAAAGAAAAUAUUAAAAUGUCAGUUUAGUGAAAAUGUAAGAAUGUAUGAUUGUAUGUGAAUGUUAAUAAAAUCGUAAAGAGCCUAAUGAAAAAUAAAUAACAAAAUAAAACUUGGAAAAAUAAACACAAAAAAAUAAAAAUAAUUCGUUUACUAAAGAUGUCCUCAAUGUCCGACAAAUGUAUGGUUGUAAACUAAUUAGUAUUAAUAACUCUAACUAAUUUUUAAAUAAAUAGUAAUACUUUUUAA